UGUGGCUUAAAGCAAGAUCAAUCAAUGGCUUAGUCAUCCUACUAGUUAUGGUAUUGCAUAAUGUAUUGUGAAUUUCAGACGAUUUUUCUUGUUUAAAAAAUCACUUCUUUUAACACUCGCAGCGAGUGCACAUAGAAAACGGACAAACCAUGAGUCUGAUUCUGAUGGCCAAAAUGAGUCGGGCUGUCAAUUCUCAAUUCUCAUCGUCAAAAUGUGGUCAAAAUAAAGACGACCACAACAUUUGUUAUUCAGAAUUUUAAAGUUUUGGUUUUUCUCGACCCAAUCCUCCACCAUUCACAGUUGCUCCGCAUACUUUCUUAUAGUCACGUGAUUAAAUGGAAUGAAACAUGGAAAGAUGGCGGAAUUCCAGUGGAAUAGUAAUUCAUAGAGAUGCCUUAGUAAGGUUUUAUUUUCAUUCCUUUUGAACUUUUUAAAUCAUUCAGUCAUGCAGAAGAACGUGAAAACAAAGAACGUGUUCCUAUCUGGUGCUUUACAAAGAAUUCUACUCGAUAAAGAAACAAAAAAGUCUCAUCAUUCACAACUAAAGAAAGCUUGCGAAACGGCUUAUAUGGAAAUAAACGCUGUUCAAGGAAAUGAAAAAUCUACAGGGAAUGUUUCUUCUGUAACUCUACCUCCACUACCUGGUCAGCAAACAUUCAUUACAGCAGAUCAAUAUUUUCUUCCUUUUGAGUUGGCUUGUCAAACAAAAUGUGCCAUGAUUGUCACCAUUGCAGUUGACUGUACACAAAAGCCGUUUUUGCUCAGGCAACAAUCACCAAACGAAAAGGCACGUUUACGAACGUUUGAAAAGGCACGGCUCCCAGUGGGUUAAACAAUCAUGUUGGACAAAUACAUAUAAUGACAUGCUCAACACUAUUUAUAAAGAUACUAUUCACUUCA